UCAAUAAAUAUUCUUUAUAUAAAAUAAUAAAUGAAAACAUAAAUCAAAUAAAAAAAAACAUUUGUAUUUACAGUUUGCCAGUUUAAUUAAAAAUUUUUAGCGAUAUUGAGCGAUUUGAGUAUUGUUGUGUCAAAGGUCAACACUCAGACUCGCGAAGUGAGAAAUGGUUAAAACCUGUUGCGUAAACACGCCCAAACAGACAGCGACAUCGUCGACAGCGGCCAAAUCCUCGUACAGCCGAAAUGCAUUCAUGCAUUUUCUAAGCGAAUAUCGACGCGUGUGCAAUCGCCGAUCGCCGGCUUGGAUGACCGCCACAGAAGCUGGUGCGGUUUGGUCUCGCAUGCCACUCAACGAUAAGUACUGUUAUAUUGAGGCAGCACGUAACGCUGGCUAUGUGUAUACGGCGCGCGAUCGUCGUAUGAAUCGUGUGAUGCGACAUCUACGUAAGUCCCUGACCGAGAAUGAAGAACGCGUCAAUUUGUUGGAACUCUCAUUGGCCGUCAAGCAGAUGCAGUUGUGGAAACGAAAGACUUUAGAUGAGAUUUGUCGACGCUGAUUUGUGCCUUUGAGCGAUCGUGUGGGUGCACAAAUAUAUACGAAAUAGUAUAUGUAUGUGGGAAUGUGUAUACAUAUUAUCCGGUAAUGUGUCGUUUUGUUGUAUAAAAUAUAAAUUUAAUGUUGUAAAUGAAAAAGGAACCUCCUCAAAAUAUAUACUUAUCAAAUAA